AUGGCCUUUUGGGACCACAUAGCUUAUCAAGCAGAAAAUGUGGAUUAUUACAUACCAAUUUUGUUUGGUUACUCGGCCACUUUCGAGCAAAUAGUGCCCUGUUUUGUGGGAGACAUUGAACGCGGCUACGCUAGAUGGGAAAAGGACAUAAAACGCUACUAUCCCAGUGGGAGUUCAUUCUGGCUACUGGGAAAUCACCCCAUGCACAGACUGACAGUUCAAGGGAGCGUAGUGUCGUGGAAAUGGAAAUUUAUUGGUGAUUCAGACCACGCAUUUUUCAAAAUUGAUGAUUGUACGCGGGCAUCGCCAGACAUUGUUUCGCUGCUGAACUGCAAAUGUUCCAGAAGCUUAAUUUUGCGAGACGGUCUGCCUAAUGCAGACCUGAGUGGAUGGCGACUUACGUUGCAUGGGGUCAUUAAUCAAUAUCAAGAGCUGGAAGUGCAAAGCAUCGAAAUCUGUGCGAGUAUCUCGCAAGAAGUUGAGUUUUGGCGUACGGCCAUGGCCUGGCGCGAUACGUUGCAAGAACCGUGGGCUUUGGACAAGAAAGCGCUGAAAUUAGCAUUGGCACAGGAGGAAGGUUUGGCGUCCCACACAGACUACACUUUUGUGCAGCGACUGGAACGGCAAGCGUACCAGAGUCAAAUGCAGAUCAGCAACGAGAAUGGGCCGGUGGAAGCGGUAGAAGAGAUUUUGUUGCCGUUGGAUUUCGACUCUCUGGAUCUGGUACUGGAUGAUGGCUACGAUUUGGUACAACGGCCUGCUGGCAACCAAUGGACCUCUGGGGACGGAUCUGGAGAGGCAAUUCCAAUUGGCACUUUGAGUGAAGACUGCACUUCCGUGGACAUGCAAAUUGUUUCAGAAUCGGCCGUAAAAUUGCGCAAGUAUUCGAUCAACGACUACCGCAGGCUGUUGCUGGAAUAUUUUAUUUGCCAGCGUGCGCCAGAGAUUUCCACACUCAAUACGUUUCGAAACCCAACGCUAAUACGAGUCCUCAGAUCACUGGUGCACGCAGAAAGCCCCGAUUUGUUCGAAAAAGAAGCCAGUAGUAUUUUUGCGCAGGUUUUGACCAAAUUGGUCGAUCUCGGACUCAUACGCGUGUUUGCUCAGGGCCGAAUUCUGGGUCUGAAAGUACUACAGGCGUGCUACGCACAAGCGGCGCGGCGAGUCACUGCGUUGGUAGCGUUGCGACUGAACACGGGCACGCUUGAUUUUCGAGCCCAAUGCUAUGCGGUGCAGCUCCCGUAUCAGAAAGCACUGAACGCGAUAGUGCUGGAUCUGUACAAACGGGCAUUGCGCCGCGUAACAGAGGACCCGUUUACCGACGUACAGUCGUGGUGGCUAGAGAUGACGGGGCCCAGCACUGCGCUAGUACACUUCUUGCGCACGUGA